AUCCAUCUAAAACCUUCCUCCUCACCCAAGUGGAGAACACUGGUUCUUUUUUUCUGGUAAAAAUUCCUAAAUGCUUAUCUUGAAUAGUAACUUUGAAGAGAAGCGAGUAUCUUACAUUUUAAAUGAUCUACAGGAAUAAUCCGUAUUGUGCCAUUUAAACCAAACUUUCUCUGAACACCAGAAAAUUAUUAAAGUAAGAAACGUGAGGGGCUGAGUUCCGAGCCCGGGACCUGUCAAUUAUCCUUCUACCUUCACAGUUAUUCACUGCAGUUAGGUGUUACAUGUUGUGAAUUCAGAGUGGUUAUCACUGUCCACCAUUGUCAACGUCAGGGGGAUGAGAGAACACAGCUCUUAGAAAGGAAAAAGCGGGGUGCUUCUUAGUUCCUGUGGGUCAUUCUGUAAUGUCCUUGGCUUGCUUCCUCUUUCUCUUCAUUGCAUGGCUGGUAGUUCAACUCAAGCUCACCCUUUAACAUACAGUUCUGACCAUUGCCUUCCAGUCCUCGGAGAAGCCGAGUACCUCCUCUUGCGAGAGCCGGCGGUCCACGUGGCCCUGAGCGACAGAACGGUAUCUGUGGAUUUCCACUCCUUCGGUGACGCAAAUGGGACACUGAGGAACGUGUCUGUCAUGCUGUGGGAGGCCAACACCAAUCAGACUCUCACCACGAAGUACCUCCUGACCAACCAGUCCCAGGGGACUCUCCAGUUCGAGUGCUUCUUCUUCCAGGGGGCUGGUGACUACUGGUUUGUAAUGACUCCGGAAGUGACGGACAAUGGCACGCAAGUUCCCGGCUGGGAGAAAAGUGCCUUUCUGAAGGUGGAAUGGCCCAUCUUUCACAUUGAUUUGAAUCGGACAGCCAUGGCUACAGAAGGCACCUUCCAGGUGGGCCUUUUUACCACUCAACCGCUCUGCCUGUUUCCAGGGGACAAGCCGGACAUGCUGGUGGAUGUGGUUUUCACCGACAGUCUCCCGGAAGCAAGAACAACAGGGCAGCCGCUGGAGAUCAGAGACACCAAAAGGACAGAACUCGCUCAAGUUCAAUGGGUUGAGUUUGGCUGUGCACCCGUAGGGGUGGAAGCCUACGUCACUGUGACGCUGAAGCUUUGGGGUCAAGACUCAGUCAUCACGUCUGUAGGACCUAUUGACCUGGCCCAAAAAUUCGGAUACACAUUGGCGAUGGCACCGGAAGUCACGUGUGAGUCUGUGGUGGAGGUGACGGUCCUGCCUCCUCCUUGUGUCUUUGUCCAAGGAGUGCUUGCUGUUUACAAAGAGGCCCCCAGACACCCGGGGGAGAGGACUUCGCAGCUGGCUGAAAACAGCCUGUCCCUGGGAGAGAAGAGCACAGUGUUUAACUGCACUUUGUUUGAUGUGGGGAAGAACAAAUACUGCUUUAAUUUUGGAAUUUCAAGGAAAAGCCAUUUUUCUGCAAAGGAGUGCAUGCUAAUUCAGAGAAAUAUAGAGUCUUGGGGACCAUGGCAGCCGUGGAGUCAAUGUAGCAACACGUGCGGGGAGGCUGUCCGAGAACGGCGCCGCGCGUGUCUCGCUUCUUUCCCCUCCAGACCCAGCUGCUCUGGAGUAUCCUCAGAGACCUCUUCAUGCUCCCUGGAGGAGUGUGCUGUAUUCCGGCCGCCGGGCCCAUCGCCUAUUCCGCCCCAGGGUCCGGUGAAGUCCAACAACGUCGUGACUGUCACAGGGAUAUCCCUGUGCUUGUUCAUCAUCAUUGCCACAGUGCUCGUCACUCUCUGGAGGAGGUUCGGCAGAGCUCCCAAAUGCAGCACCCCUGCCCGACACAACUCCAUCCAUACCCCUGGCUUCCGGAAGAACUCGGAUGAGGAGAACAUCUGCGAGCUGAGCGAGCCUCGGGGAAGCUUCUCCGAUGCCGGUGACGGACCCAGGGGAAGCCCAGGGGACACAGGCAUCCCUCUGACUUACAGGUGCAGUGCUCCAGCGGCUCCUGACGACGAGGCCUCUGGCAGUGAGAGCUUCCAGUCCAACGCCCAGAAGAUCAUCCCGCCCCUGUUCAGCUACCGCCUGGCCCAGCAGCAGUUGAAGGAGAUGAAGAAGAAAGGGCUGACUGAGACCACCAAAGUGUACCACGUGUCUCAGAGUCCCCUGACGGACACUGUCGUGGAUGCCGCUGCCAGUCCUCCCUUAGACCUGGAAUGCCCCGAAGAAGCAGCAGCAGCGAGCAAGUUCCGAAUCAAGUCUCCAUUUCUGGACCAGCCUGUGGCAGGCACCGGGGAAAGGCCGCCCUCCAGGCUGGAUGGCGUCGUGCCUCCGCCCAGCUGUGCGGUCAGUCCCAGCCAGACCCUGAUCCGCAAGUCGCAGUUGAGGUCAACCGUGGGGAGAGAGGGUUCAUCUGAGAGGUGCCACUCCAGAAGUUCCCUCUUCAGGAGGACUGCUAGUUUCCACGAAGCCAAGCAGUCCCGCCCAUUCCGGGAGAGGAGCUUGUCUGCGCUAACUCCCCGCCAGGUCCCUGCCUAUAGUUCAAGGAUGCGGACCUGGGACCAGAUAGAGGAUAGGUCCAGGCCUCCUAGUCGAAGUGCCCACCUGCUUCCAGAGAGAUCAGAGCACUUCCAAGGGGCAGGUCGGGCCAGCAGUCCCUUGGGCCCUCUCUCCAAAUCUUACACUGUGGGGCAUCCCAGGAGGAAACCGGACUCUGGGGAUCGCCAGGCAGGGUUGGUGGCAGGAGCUGAGAAAACGGAGCCUCACCGAGCUCACAGGGGACCGUCCCCCAGUCACAGGAGUGUUUCACGGAAGCAGCCUUCACCCAUUUUCCCCAAAGAUAGCUACCAGAAAGUCAGCCAGCUCAGCCCUUCUCACUGCAGAAAAGAUAAAUGUCAGAGCUUUCCCAUCCACCCAGAGUUCGCCUUCUAUGACAACACCUCUUUCCGCCUCACUGAGGCUGAGCAGAGAAUGCUGGACCUCCCGGGAUACUUCGGCUCCAACGAAGAGGAUGAAACCACACUUAGCGUGGAGAAGUUGGUCAUCUAGGCUAGGAAGCUGCAGGACCCACCCAGGGCCCUUUACCCAGCUGGCAGUAGCCACUGCUCACAUACUUUGUUAACUAUAUUGUAUAACUGUGGGAAUUGGUUCAAAACCCAGAGGGGUGUGUGCGUGCGUGCGUGCGUGCGUGCGUGCAUGCGUGCGUGUGUAUGUGUGUGUGCAUGUGCUCACUGAGAAGUUAUUUAUCCUGAAUGUUUAUCCUGAAAGUUUCUUUUUGUUAUCCCUUUUCUAUCAGCUUAUUACUGCUAAUAAAAUUUAAGUGAGGCAAAUGUAUGAUGCAUUUUGAACACUACACUGGAUGUUUCCAACUUUGGAAUCUGGAAGCUUCUCCCAAAGGGGAGGAGCCAUCGGCUGCUUGCCUCCCUGUGCAAAACUAUUAUAGGCGCGUCCUUGUAACUUGCUUUGUUGUGCGGUAAGGACUAAACAAAGAGCCUAAAAAUGGGGCUACUUCUUUCUGAAGGUUGUCACCCAGGUACCAAGUGGCAUAAAUCCUUGCAGCUCAGUGGCCUAAUGACUAUUCAGGAUCCCCUUAAAUAGCUACUUUUUCUUCUUUUUCACAGUGCCCUCUGUGCUGCCACACCCAUCCUGCUUUUAGAUUGUUUUCCUUCCUUCCGUGUAUCAGGAUGUCGCCCUCCUGGUGAGGGUUCAGACGGGGAAAGUCGCAGAUGUAAACACGGUAGUUUCAAACGUUAAUAUUUGGUGAGCUGCCGCUUGUGCCGUUUUCAUUGAACAUUAAAAUGUGCUUCCUUUGGGGCGGCUUUCGGGAUGGCUAUCUGCUCUGCCGGAACAGGAGGGGUAGAUUGUCCAGGCUUUCUGACAGCCGCUGUGCCGAUGAAAGGAGAGGCAGGCCGGGUACUCUCCAGUGUCUUUAUUUAUCGCACCAGAGCUUUGUUCUUGAUCCAAGCUCGCAGGUCUGUGUGCCAGCCUUUGACACACAGGGCACAUGCUCACUCGCUUGUCCCAGAGCUCCCAGGGGAUUGUCCAGCGGUAUCAGACCGAGACCAAAACAGCUUUGGAGAAAUGAAGAUUCAAGAGGAGCACUAUGGGCUGAAAGGCUUUCUGUUCAGUGAUGUUCACCAUCGGCCUAGUUUUCUGGGGCUCUCCCCAACGGUGAACCCUGGCCUCCGAGAGAAAAGAUGUGUCAUGCGGUCUUCAGCGCGUAAGCUGUAGAUUUCCGUAGAAAGGUUUUCUGUUUCUAACCACGGCGUCUCCAUGCACUAGCCCCAGUGGCUGCUGUAGAGUGGGGGCCCCAGAAAGGUAAAUGGCCAACUAGGGAAAUGCCUUGAAACCCAUUUGUAGUUGAAUUAGAAUGAUUCUUUGUAAUACGUCACACUGUAAAUCACAGAAAGGAAAUAUGUUCGGGAGAGAUUAUGAGAUUUCCGUUUAUAGAGGUCUCCAUAAAUGAAAGUAUUUUUUAUUUUUAUUUUUUUGGUAUUAUUGACUUGUGUGUUUCCAACCAUCCUCUGAACUCUUAGUGAGGCUUAGACAACAUUUUGCUAGUUCUGUGUUUCAAAUUAUCUCAUUAUAUGUGAUACUGGCAAUCUCCAUAAGCAUUAUACAUUUUAAGUAUUAUUGUCUGUGUCCCAAACAGUCCUGUCUGUCAUGUAUCUGCUCACUUA